AUGCAAGAUUAUCGCCCUAGUAUUUGUCCUAUUUGCCGUAAUGAAAAUGUACGAAAUACAAUAUCAAACGUUUCAGCAAGUAGCUCUACCGAAGCACAAAAUAUAGAAUAUGAUGAAAAUAGACGCAACUUAUUAUCUUCGCAAUAUGAAGGAAAUGAACAUUAUAAAGUAAAUGAACCUUACGAAAGAAAUGGUAAUUCUGAAGGCGAAAAUGAAGUUGUAAAUGAAGAAGGGAGUGAGAAUGGAAAUGAACAUGAGGACGAAAAUGAUGAGGCUGAAAAUGAGAGUAAUGGUGAAUCAACUGCAAACAUCCGGAUUGAUCAAAAAGUCCAAGAAUUUAUAAACGAAAUUACAAAUCCAGACAUUGACGAAAUGGAAACAGAUGAAGAGGAUGAGAUGGAAAUGGAGGAAGAAAUGAGUGAUAAUGGGCAAACAAUAAGCCUACAAAUGUUGUUGCACUUGUAUGAUCAUGCAUGUAAAGCGGAAAAAAAAAAAAUCAAAAUCAAAAGAGAAAUAAUCAAAUGGUGGUACAAGUAUGGUGAAAACUUCGAACGUAAACUUACAGAAAUAGUGUCUAGUAAUAGAAUUUCUAAAAAAAAGGCAACAACUAGACUUUAUGAUGAAUUGGAAAGACUUCGACCAGGUGUUAGUCGGGAUAAUUUAAGAAAACGAACCGAAAAAUCUACAAAAGUAUAUUUUUUAUUUUUACACAUUGGAGUAGAAAAAAUUCAACAUAUUAGCAAAUUUAGCGCGGAUAAGAUAUCUAAAUUUACUUGGAAUCAAAUACAUUUUAUUGUAGAUCAUUUUAAUCAACAAUAA